AUGAUUGGCGAGGCCAGCGGAGGCCAUAAGGAGGUGGCCGGUGAAGCAAUUAAGCAGCUCCCAUGGCAGCUCGUAGUAGCAGCAGGCCACGAUGGGAGGGGUUUCGCGGGAGGCUGGGGCGGUGACGUGGGCAGCGCGAGGGAGGUCGGUGGCGACCGAGGCAACUGGUGGUGGCAGCCGCGAUGUGCGGCCGUAGCGAGCGAUGGCGAGGGUGGCGAUAGUGCGUGGGUGGAGCCACUCUGCCAUUCUGAAGAGAGUUCUGCUCUUUUGCAAUUCAAGCAAGCAUUUUUUUUCAAUAAAUCUGUAUCUUCUGAUCCCUUGGCUUACUGGAAGCUACGAUCGUGGAAGUUCCAAGGUGGUGGAGCCAGCGACUGCUGCUCCUGGGAUGGUGUUGAGUGCGACCAGUCUACAGGUCAUGUAGUUGGUCUCGAUCUCAGUAGCAGUUUCCUCUUUGGCUCUAUCAAGUCCAGCAGCAGCCUCUUUAGCCUAGUGCAUCUUAGGAGGCUCAACCUUGCUGAUAACCACUUCAAUCACUCCCAAAUCCCAUUAGAAAUCAGCCAUCUUUUGCUGCUAACAACUCUCAACCUUUCUCUAUCUUCGUUUUCUGGCCCUAUCCCUGUGGAAAUUUCCAGAUUGUCCAAAUUGAUUUCACUUGAUCUUUCUCAAAAUUCAGGAACAUUGAGACUUGAAAAACCUGGUCUCCAGAGCUUGCUUCAAAACUUAACUAGCCUAGAAGAAAUUCAUCUCGAUAAGGUGAAUAUAACUUCCAAGUUAAUAUUGCCCAAUAUCUCUUCUCUGGCAACUCUAAGCUUGAGGGCUUGUGGGUUGUAUGGAACAUUUCCCACAUCCAUAUUCCAUCUACCAAAGCUUCGAGUUCUCAAUUUACAUGGUAAUCAUUACCUUACUGGUCACUUGUCAGAAUUUCAGCAUUCUAGUCAACUUCAAAAGUUGAUACUUGCUUCCACUAAUUUCUCUGGUGAGCUACCAAACACGAUAGGAAAUCUCAGUUUCCUAGAUACGUUGCACUUAUCAGGUUGCAACUUCUUAGGAUCCAUUCCAGCUUCACUUAACCGGACGCAACUCCGUUAUUUAGACCUUUCUUACAAUGAAUUUGAUGUAGGAAGCAUGUUUUGGCUUUGGGAUCUAACUAGCCUCACUACAUUGCUCCUUAAUGGCAUAGAUUUACAAGGUUCAAUCCUUUCGAGUCCUGCAAACAAAAUCCAACAUGCUACCGUAGGCCUUUCCAACAGCACUGCUCUCUUGAAUUUCAAGUGGUUAGAGUUCGAUUCAUGCAACCUCAUAGAGUUCCCAUAUUUUCUAAGCUUCCAAAAUCAACUUGAGGUGCUUUCUCUUGUAAAAAAUAAAAUUCACGGCCAAAUUCCAGCCUGGAUGUUAAACAUAAGUAAAGAUACUCUCAUGAUAUUAAGCCUAAGAGGCAACUAUCUCACAGGCUUUGAGCAACAACCAAUCAUUCUUCCUUGGGCUAAGUUAGGCUUGCUAGACCUUAGCCACAACAAGUUGCAGGGAAGGCUGCCAAUUCCACCAACAUCUAUUCACGUUUAUUCUGCCUCAAAUAAUGCAAUCACUGGAAAACUUUCCCCAUUGAUCUGUACAUUGAGUUCCGUUUUCAGUCUUGAGUUGUCUAACAACAAUUUGACAGGAUUAAUUCCUCCAUGUCUGAGCAACUUCAGUGAUUCUCUAUCAGUUCUUGAUCUUGGAGGCAACAACUUCUAUGGUCCCAUUCCCCAGGCAUACGAUAAAGGAAACAAACUAGAGUUAAUUGGCUUUGCUGGGAAUCGACUAUCAGGGAAACUACCAAAAUCAUUGGCAAAUUGUGCCAAGCUUAAGAUUCUUGACAUCUCCAACAAUCUAAUUCAAGAUGCAUUCCCUUCUUGGUUGGGAACUCUUACAGAGCUAGAGGUUCUCAACUUGCAAUCCAACAAAUUCUAUGGUGCAGUAAGGAGUCCAAGAACCAAGUUUGAGUCCUCAAAAUUGCGCAUCAUAGUCCUCUCCCACAAUAGUUUUUCAGGUGAUUUGCCAACAAAAUAUAUUCGUAGUUGGAAUGCAAUGAAAUCAAUUGGGGAAGAGGAGAUAAAUCGACCAACCCACUACGUAAUGUUUCAAUUUCUAAGUAUUUCGUGGGAACGCCAUUUUUUCUACACUAUGACCAUGACAAACAAAGGUGUAAACACGGUGUAUAAUAAGACUUUGGAUAUUUUUGUUGGCAUUGAUCUCUCAAGCAACAAAUUUGAAGGAGGAAUUCCAAAAUCUUUGGGAGAUCUCAAGGUACUUCAGCUACUGAACCUUUCUAACAACGAGUUGAGUGGUGGAAUCCCAUCAUUCUUGGGGGACCUAUCCAACCUUGAAGCCUUGGACCUUGCUCAAAACAAGCUCUCAGGGGAGAUCCCUCAACAGUUAACACAACUCACUUUCCUUGCAUUCUUUAAUGUCUCCUACAACAAUCUUACUGGACUUGUCCCAAAAGGUAAUCAAUUCAAUACGUUUCAGAACAACUCGUAUGAAUGGAAUUUAGGACUUUGCGGGGAGUCGCUUUCAAGGAACUGUGGAGAAUUGGAUGCUCCCUCGCCAACAUUAUCACUGUCGCCUGUAGACUUUGAAGGAAACAAUGAUUCAAUAUUUCCUAGUGGAGUUGAUUGGACAAUCAUAUGCAUGGGAUUUGGAAGUGGGAUGACAAUUGGGUUAGCUAUCGGGCAAAUGCUAACCUCUAAGUACCACGAAUGGUUCUUGGAGACCUUUGCAAGGAAGAAAACAAUCAAAGAAGAGAGAGGAAGAGGAAACUGUAAGUUGACUAGAGAAUGUUUCAUGAAACCAAUUUUAUGCCUUGCCUUGUAUAUUUCUUCUAGUUUCAAUUGCCUGGUGUGA